AUGGUGAAGUUGUCAUUCAGAAUUCCAGGUAUGAAGAGAGUACUUUGCCAUUUGCUAAAGAGGGUGAGAAGCAGCAGGUACAGCCAGUUAAUCGGAGCUCGAGCAGCAAAAAUACUGAUAAGCCCUUCUCCUUUAACACCAAAAGGGUAUGUGCCUGUCUGUGUUGGUGUGGAUGGUGAUACGAAGCGUUUCAUGGUUCAUACCACGUUGCUUCGCCAUGCAGAAUUCUUGGAGCUGCUGCAUAAAUCAGCUGAAGAGUAUGGUUUUUGCAAUGACAGUGUUUUGAGAAUUCCAUAUGAAGCGCAGGAUUUUGAGGAGUAUUGGAUGAUCAAGAGGUCAAAAGCAAGGAUUUACAAGGUUGAACCAGUUUAA